UAUGGAAUUUGAACUUAGCUCAGUGAGAUCGGAUCUUUUAGAGGAAAUUGAUUGCGAUGAAUCCUCAAAACUAACAGAUGGAUUUGCAGACGUUGAACUUCAAGUUACAAAUACAGAAGAAGAUGACAACAAUAAAAUAAUAUCGAUACCAGUUGAAUCUCCUUCGUAUUACGUACCACCGAUAGUUAGUCCCGAAGAGAUGGAAGUUAAAGUUGUCGGUAAAGAGGUAAAAACAGUUUUAGCGACAAAGGAAAGAAAAAAGAGGAAACGGAGGGCAGGCUGGGAUAUGGAACAGAUAACUACAGAUGAUGAUGGUGACGUUGUUCAAUGGUGCGGUUGUACAUGGCCAGAGCUCGAAUUUCCUCCCCGACAACCAGGGGUGAGAGGCAAAACUAUACAUAUGUCUAAAAUAUAUAUUGUAUAUCGUAAAAAAAUGAAAAAAUAG